UUGACCAGAUAUACAACAUAUUAGGGUCAGGUCUUGGCUCUUCUCUAGGCGUGCCUUUUAGGAAGCAGACAUUGAGAACUCUGUGUGCAACCAUAGCUCAUGAUUCCAUCACUGAUGAUAUGGCCAAAACCACGAGUAUACUUCAGGAUAUGAGUGCCACAGAUCCGGACUUCAAAGUUUGUGUGCAAGUAGACGGUGAAAGCAGGGUGAAAACAGUAAUAUGGUGUAAUGGUAAAAAUCGGCUGGAUUAUGCACAUUUCGGUGAUGUGGUUACUUUCGACACCACUUACAGGACCAACCUGUAUAACAUGCCAUUUGGGCUUUUUGUUGGUGUGAAUAACCAUUUCCAGUCUAUUAUUUUUGGCGGCGUCCUCAUGGUUGAUGAAAAGACUCCCACAUUUGAAUGGGCAUUCAGAAACUUUAUUGACUUGAUGGACGGGAAACAUCCUACUACUAUAUUGACAGAUCAAUGCAAAGCUAUGCAAAAUGCUUUACGAAGUACAAUGCCCCACACCCGUCAUAGGUGGUGCAGAUGGCAUGUGUUAAAGGUCUUGAAAGAGAAAACUGGACACGUGUACAACAAACAUUCUGCCUUCAAGAAGGAAUUCCACGCGAUAGUAAAUGAAGAGACGGAUGUAGAAUCAUUUGAGCGAAUGUGGCAUCAAUUGAUUAAAAAAUACAAACUUCAAGGAAACAAGUACCUUCGCAGGAUUUUCAAGUGGAGGGACAUGUGGGCAAUGCCAUACUUCUUGGGCACAUUCUGUGCCGGGAUGACCAGCACGCAACGGAGCGAGAGUGCGAAUCAUCUCCUCAAAAAGUUCAUCAGCAGAUCAUCCCCAAUGCACUUGUUUGUUAAGCAGUACAACAAAUUGCUUGAUUCCAGGAGCCAGGCAGAAGACGAGGCGAAUUAUGUCAGCAAGCAGGUAUUAGUUCAGAACAAUAUUGGCAAGAUUCCGCCAAGGAAUAUAGUCAAAAGAUGGACUUUAUGGGCAAGGGAAUCGAGACCACUGCACCUGGCAAACGAGGGUGAAAUGGGGGAGUUGUCUUCCCAAACUACGUAUAGAAGAAAUGUUCUAUAUGUGGCUGCUAUGGACCUUAUCAAGGAGGCAGAAUCCGGGUCUGAGUCAUUCCAAACGGCGUUCGCAGCUAUAUGUGAGGCAAAAGAAAAAAUUGCAAGUAAGAAGGCUUCAGAUAUGCUUAUUGAUACUAUCGCCGAACAAGCAAAUCCUGUCCGGCAUACCAUAACUGAUAUUGG